AUGUCUUCUCACCGUUCCUUUCUCUUCUUCUUCAUCGUCUUCAUCUUCCUCGCUUCACAAUCUUCCGUCACUUCCAGAAUCUUGCCAGAGAUCUCUGUAACUACUUCAUCCACUCUCUAUGUCGCUGAUUCCAUUCGCAGAACCAUGGAUGCGUCGUCGUUUCGACUGAACCAGCAAGAAGAACAGACUCACUCUCCUUCUUCUCCUUCUUCUUCUUCAUCUUCGUUUAGCUUGCAGCUUCAUUCUCGAGCUUCCGUCAGAGGAGUCGAACACACAGACUACAAGUCUCUCACACUGGCUAGACUCGACCGUGACUCAGCCCGAGUCAACUCUCUCAUGACCCGUUUAGAUCUAGCAAUCAACAACAUAUCCAAAUCAGAUCUCAAACCCAUCGCCACAAUGUACACCACGGAGCAAGAGAUCGAAGCUCCUCUAAUCUCCGGCACCACUCAAGGAAGCGGCGAGUACUUCACACGCGUCGGAGUCGGAAACCCGGCGCGUGAAGUCUACAUGGUGCUCGACACCGGAAGCGACGUUAACUGGCUACAAUGCGCGCCUUGCGCCGAGUGUUACCACCAGACCGAGCCCAUCUUCGAGCCCUCGUCUUCCUCUUCCUACGCUCCUCUCUCCUGCGACACUCAGCAGUGCAACGCCCUCGAAAUCUCCCAAUGCAGGAACGCCACGUGUCUCUACGAGGUUUCUUACGGCGACGGCUCUUACACCGUCGGCGAUUUCGCCACCGAGACGCUCACCAUCGGCUCUGCUUCUGUUCAGAACGUCGCCGUCGGGUGCGGACACAGCAACGAAGGAUUGUUCGUCGGCGCCGCCGGUUUGCUCGGACUCGGCGGCGGAUUGCUCGCUCUUCCCUCGCAGCUCAACACGACGACGUUCUCGUAUUGCCUCGUCGACCGUGACUCGGACUCGGUUUCGACCGUCGAGUUCGGCUCUGCUCUCCCUCGCGACGCCGUCGUGGCUCCGCUGCUGCGUAACCACCAGCUCGAGACGUUUUACUACCUUGGACUCACCGGGAUAAGCGUCGGCGGCGAGAUGCUUCAGGUGCCGGUGUCUUCUUUCGAGAUGGAUGAGUCGGGAAGCGGCGGGAUCAUAAUUGACUCGGGAACCGCCGUGACUCGUCUCCAGACCGGAAUCUAUAACGCGCUUAGAGACGCGUUUGUUAAGGGGACGACGGAUUUGGAGUUGGCCAGAGGAGUGGCAAUGUUCGACACUUGUUACAAUCUGGCGGCUAAGACGACGAUAGAGGUUCCGACGGUGGCUUUCCACUUUCCCGGCGGGAAGAUGCUUGCAUUGCCGGCGAAGAACUACAUGAUUCCGGUUGACUCGGUGGGGACGUUCUGUCUUGCGUUUGCGCCGACGGCGAAUCCGCUGGCGAUCAUAGGCAACGUGCAGCAGCAAGGGACACGUGUCGCUUUCGAUCUGGCGAAUUCCCUCAUUGGAUUCUCGACAAGUAACUGCUAG